GGUGGGCACAACAUACUUUGUUUAUGUCUUUCAUUUCAUCUGUCAAAUAGAGAUCGGCGGCUCGCUAAAUUUUUGUUUUUAAGCACUUUUUAAAUUUGCACAAAAGAUUAUUUGUUUAACGUUGAUAGUGCAUUUCAUUCUGUACAAGAUUCACUAAUUUUCUAUCGGUUUUUCUCUCACAUUUCGAUAAAAAUGGAACAAAUUGAUACCAGAGACGAGGCUCUUUUGAGUUUUUUCUCUUCAGACGGAGACCAAACCAUUGUGAACUAUUUGGAUUCUGUCUUCGGAUUUCUCUAUAGAAGAACGGACUUUUACAAGGUGAAAAAGCACCGCGACGAGUCUGUUGGGUUCAUGCCCGGUGAGGCUUUGAGGCUGGUUUUGAAAAUUUUCAAGCAGUACCAAGAUCUUGAGGAACAUUCUACUAGACUGUCCCAGCUUGAGACAUUCAAAAGCGACGGAGUUGCCCCACAAGCCGUAGCUGAAAUUGAAAUUUCUGGUGAAAAUGAUCUGCCUGUCGGACCCGUUGAAAAGGAACCUCCAAAAUCCUCAGCCACCAAAUCUGGCCCCGAUGCAUCCGAUAGUUACAACGGUGCAGUUUGUGAAAAGUUCAGCUGGAACCAAACUCUCGCAGACGUUGAAAUUUCCGUCCCUGUCCCCAAAGACAUCACCAGAGGAAAACAAGUGUCAGUGAAAACUACAAACACCACAGUCAAAGUGUCCGUCGGAGCCGAAACGCUGCUGGACGGAGAGUUGACGAAAAAGGUUAAAAAUGAAGACACUAUUUGGAGUCUGGUGCCUGGAAAGUGCGUCCAGUUGCACUUGGAAAAGGUGGAGCAGCGCUGGUGGGACGCUCUUCUCACAACAGACAAAAAAAUCAACGUGAGAUUGAUUGACCCGUCUCGACCUUUGCAAGAUUUCCCCGAGGAUGAACAAAUGCGAGUCAGGGAAAUGGUGGCCAACCAGGAAAAAAGAAGAACAAACUCUCAGAAGACUGAGGAAAUGCUUAAAGCAGCUUGGAAUGCAGAAGGAUCUCCUUUUAAGGAUACGCCAUAUGACCCCACUAAGGUCAAUUUUUAAUCAAUAAAAAGAGACAGGAGUAGAUGUUAUUUUUGUAUUCAAAUUUAAGAUCAACUUUUUACUGGCUGAAGUAUUGAAUAACGGGUCAAGUAUACAGCGAUGGUCGAUUAUCAAUCGUUCACAGUCUAAUUGUUCCGAAUUUGUGUAAAAUAUUGAAUAAAAACUGGUCAGUUACUGCAACCGCUGUGCAGUAGCAAAUAAUUCAAU